CCGUGACGUUGUCUGUUCAGUACUCUCUUGUCUUUUCCCCUGGCUUCCUGGCUGUCCUCUCCAUCUUGAAGUUAUCCUUAAUUCUGCCAAUACCGCCUCCAGAAUGAGGCUAACUUGGCUUCUGACUCUUCUGGCCGCCAGUCGGGUGCUCUCCCAAAACACAGACUCCGACUCCGACUCCGACAGCGACAGCAGCACCACCACCGAUUCCAAUGAGGAAGCCAUCUCGCAGUCUCUAGCUGAAAUCGCGAGCGCUAUCACGACCACUGUGGAUGAUGCCACCGUCCCUUCGGGGGAUUAUAUUACUUACUCGACUACCGUCUACCUUACCGGAACCCAUGGCACGGUGAUCGGCUCAACGGCCGUGCAGGUGACGGGCACCCCGAACGCCAAUGCCACAACGUCCGCCAACGCGACUAUUACAAGUACUUCCGACACGGUAACUGUGCUGAUAGGAGGCCAAACAACUAUAUCUGGCAAUUCAACGGGGAACUCGACGCAUUCCGCUACUCCAAGCCCGUCCCAGACGCCGGUCGUCAACACACAGCCCUGCAAUGGCUGGCCCGAGUUCUGUGACCGAAAAUACUCCAAUAUCACGCAGGUUGCUGCCCACAACAGCCCGUUCGUGGCCCAAGGAAAUGUCGCUGCCAAUCAAGCGCUGGACGUGCAUUACCAGUUGGACGACGGGGUCCGAAUGCUGCAAUUUCAAACUCACAUAAUGAAUGGCACGAUGUAUCUUUGUCACACCAGCUGCGAUUUGCUGAAUGUCGGGCCCCUGGAAGACUAUCUCAGCAACAUUACCGAAUGGCUGAGGCAGCACCCCUACGAUGUAGUCACAAUUCUCAUCGGGAACUACGAUUAUGUCGACCCUGGAAAUUUCACAACGCCGAUGGAGAACUCGGGCCUGAUGGAUUUCGUGUUUACACCGCCCAUGAUUCCUAUGGGUCUUGAUGACUGGCCGACGCUGGGCAGCAUUAUCCUGUCUGGUAAACGGGCGAUUGUCUUCAUGGACUAUCAGGCCAAUCAGACAGCCUACCCCUGGUUGAUGGAUGAGUUCUCGCAGAUGUGGGAGACACCCUUCUCUCCUACGGACCGCGACUUCCCUUGCACCGUGCAACGCCCGCCUGAUUUGGCAGCGGAAGACGCCAGGAAACGGAUGUAUAUGGCCAACCAUAACCUGAACAUUGAUUUCAGCAUCGCCAGCCUUAAUCUGCUCAUACCAAACACGGCCUUGCUCAACGAGACCAAUGCCGACCAUGGCUACGGCAGUGUGGGCCGGAUGGCUGAAAACUGUACCACGCUAUGGAAUCGCCCUCCGAACUUUUUGCUAGUCGACUAUUACAAUGAAGGCAAUUUUAACGGGUCGGUUUUCCAGGUUGCGGCCGACAUGAACGGCGUCAGUUACGAUCGAGACUCGUGCUGCGGAACUUUAUCCGCAGCCUCCAGCUUGGGCCCCGGGGCGAUGAUGAGCGCUGUGCUCUUCUUUGUUGGACUCCAGGUUCUCGCUUGGCUUUAGAGACAUAAUCCUGUACUGUACAUAUGACCAUAGAAUAUUUAUAAUCACGAGAGAUGACCACG